GAUGAGUGUGACGGGCCCCCUCCUUCCUGGAGCGGUGAAGUGUGGAGGGGGGGAAGAAGGCGUGAUCUUCCGUGUUGGUACCUGCAGCUAUGUGAGUGUGUGUCAGUGUGAUGUAGAGUGUGUGUGUGUGUGUGUGUGUGUGUGUGUGACUUGCAGCGAGACCUCCUUCAUGACACUCAGCCAUACUUCUGUGCAUGUUGAAAUUUGGUGAUACAACGGAGAGAAAAAGAGGAAAUGAGUCUGCUCGAGGUUGCUUCCUCUGCUUCAGCGACUUAGACAGUGUAGAAGCUGCGGAGGAGAGCGAGGUGAGGUGAGAUGAGGGACCGACUGUUUGAGCUGCAGACCUCCAAACCUGCAGGGGAAGAGCACAGGCUUGUGGAGAACCCCAACCAAAUCACUGAGGAUGGUGAGGAACAUCUGGAGCAACAAGCCAUCGUGUUUGAGGGCGAGGACGUGAUGGACGGCCUCUACAGAGAGGCGCAGGCGUUGAGGAAGGAGAUGCUGCUGCUCAGAAUGGACGUGAAGCGCCUCGGGAAGCAGAACACCAGGUUCCUCACGUCCGUCAGGAGGAUCAGCAGCAUCAAGCGGGACUCCAACGCACUCGGGCGAGACAUCAAGGCCAGAGGGGAGGCCGUUUACGCUCGGUUGGAGAAGCUGGCGAAGCUGAGCAAAGAGCUGGAGGAGGAGCACGGGCCGACAUCGGCUGUGGCUCGCAUGGUGCGUUCGCAGUACCUUUCUCUGACCGCCGCCUUCCACGAUGCCAUGUCUGAGUACAACGAGGCCGAGAUGGUCCAGAGGGAGAACUGCAAGACCCGCAUCCAGAGGCAGGCCGAGAUCAUGGGCAGGGAGGUGACCAGGGAGCAGAUCGACGAGAUGAUCGAGACGGGCAGGUGGAACGUGUUCUCGGAUAAUCUCCUCCUGGAGGGGAGGACUGCCAAGAUGGCUCUCAACGAGAUCGAGAACCGGCACAAGGAGCUUCUGGAGCUGGAGAGCCGGAUCAAGGACAUCCACGAGCUUUUCUUCCAGAUGGCUCAUCUGGUGGAGGAGCAGGGCUGCAUGGUGGAUAACAUAGAGGCGAACGUGUGUGCGACUCAGGACUAUGUUGCCAAGGCCACACUUCAGAUCAAGAAAGCUGUGAAAUACAAGAAGAACAAUCCGUGCAAGAAACUGUUCUGCUGCUGCUUCCCUUGCUGCAACUGAGGCGGCAUCAGUGUCAUUUUUUCCUCAAUGUCACGAUUAUAUUGAGAUAAGCUUCCUGUGCUGAGACGCCUGUAAUAUCGCUGCUUUAGUUUGAGUAUUUAUUUGGAUCGAAUUAAGAGUUGCUCCAUUUCUAAAGGAACAGUUUCACCCGAUAAUAACAAUUCAGUCAUUAUCUACUCUCCCUCUGAGCUGAUGAAAAGUCAGGUGAAGUUUUGUGGUCCACAAAACACUUCUGGAGCUGCACAGCAAAACAGAGUAGCAGCAUUCUCCUAAACUCCUGAAGUAGAGUUUUAAAAAAAAAGGUUUUCCAGGUGAUCCAUCCUCUAAGUCUGAUCUAAAUUCUUUCCUGUCCUGUGUUUGUCAGUUGAGAACUGGCUGGAAGAAAAAAGUUUUGCCAGGAUAAUCCAUCUGUGAAAACGUGAAAAACAAAUAUUUUCCUCAGUAUUUUCCAUAUUUCUAUAUUUCCGGAAAGUGCACCUUAGCCUCUUGAGGUUAAAAUGCACUAGAACAAAACAAAAUAAUCUUGAAAAAACUCAUCUUCUCACUUGGUUUUGCAGAUGGAAAAACAAAAUAAUGAAGAGGGAUUAUCCUGGCAAAAUUUCCUACCACCCUCCAGUUCUCAAGUCAUGAAUACAGGACAGAAAAAAAAACUUAGAUCAGUCUCCCUUCAGGGUUUUCUGUCGUGUGGAGCCAUUUUAUGUUUUACUUCAGUUGUUUUCUCACGUUAAAAAAAAACAAGUCCCCAUCUGCUUCAGAUGUUUAGAAGAAUGCUGUGAAGCUCCAGAAAUGUUUUUUGCAGGCUACAAAACUUCCCCCUUUAAAUCAAUUAUGAAAAAAAAAAAAAUAUUAGUACAUAGUAGUACAUUAGUACAUGAUGAUUUCUUUUUUUUAUUUCAGGGUGAGCUGUAUCUUUAAGCAGAAAUCAUGUCCACAUUUCACACUCUUCACCUCGCCGGCCUGAGAAAAGGCCAACACAUGAAACCACACAUCCAUAUUCAAAUGUGUAAACUCAGAUAUGGGUGUUACGCUUCCUGCUUGUGACUGAGAACUGUGUUUUGCAUGAUAACUGUGAAGACGGCUGGGCUGUAAUCUAAUGCCCCACGCUUGGCUUUGCCUUUAAUAUUUCAGCUUUAAAUGUUGUGAUGUUGUUUGAGAUAUUUAAGUAAUGUAAAUAAAUGCCUGAGAGUGGCUUUUUAAUAUAUACAGACUAACUUUCGCAGCCUGAAUGUAGAUGUCUUUCUGAUUGCAGCCAUUUUCUAAAGAAGAGCUACGAAACACUCUGAGCCCAGCACAGUCAGAUUGUGGUCGGCUGGAGAAACAGAUAGAUUAGGGUGGAUUGUGUAACUAUACCUCAGCCUCCCACGUGUUUAGCUAGGGAUUAAUCAUGAUUCUGUUAUAUUGCAUCCACUUUUCAGAGAUGAAUCAGCAUCUUUACAGUCCCGUGUUCCACUGAUUCACUGGCACACAACCAGAGUCGAUCAGAUUUGAAUCGUAGGGCAGGUUGACUCAGAUUGCUCCAUACAAAACAGCCCACAAAUCAAUGUACACAAGGCUGCUGGCUCGGGCAGCGUGACAACAAUAGUGAAUGAGAAUCUAAUCAGGUCAGAGUGCGUUCUGUUUGCACAGCCGGCCUUGUCUGCUUGUCCUUUAAGUGUGCUGAUAGUUAAGUUAAACAGAGCUGCAUUUUCCUGUGAGCGUGGCACUCCACCAGCCACUGGGGGAUUCCCAGUGAUCACCAGUUAAUCUGCAGCUGACACAAUCAUGGCUGCUCCCACAGUCUGCGACAGGCACCAGUGGGUGUUCAAAGCAAAGCUGCUGUGUUGAAAUGAUGAUGGUACUUCCUCAGCAGCACUGUGCGGUCUGUGGUGGGCACUUACUGGAAGCGUGACUUGGCGCGAUGACGUCACGAGGGCGCACAGGUAGACCCACCUGGUGUCCUGACGUCGUCGUGAUGGGCUUGCUUUUGUCUGAUCGAAACAAUGACGUAUUGGUGGGGGGAUACACACCAGGAUGGCCGAGUGGUUAAGGCGUUGGACUUAAGAUCCAAUGGACAUAUGUCCACGUGGGUUCGAACCCCACUCCUGGUAGAGCGGAUAUUUUAAUUGGAGACGUGUUAUGAUAAAUUAAUAACAAAAUCAUGAUGAGGAGGACAUUCAGCUGAUCAGUAUGGACUCAUGUACACAACAUUCCCCCUGUACCUGCAUAGUGUCAACGACACUGAUCAUGAACUGGAAUAAAUAACUUUAU